AUGGAAUCCAAGUGGUCCAAGGGAAAGGUUAAGGACAAGGCCAACAACGCCGUCAUCCUCGACAAGACCACCUACGACAAGUUGAUGAAGGAGGUCCCCACCUACAAGCUCGUUUCGCCUUCCGUUCUCGUUGACCGUCUCCGCAUCAACGGCUCCCUUGCCCGCGCUGCCAUUCGUGAGCUCGCCAACCAGGGUGUCAUCGUCCCCGUCUCCACCCACGGUGCCCAGUGGAUCUACACUCGUGCCACCGGCGUCGAGGAGGAGAAGAAGGCUGCUCCCAAGAAGGAGACUGCCGCUCAGGAAUAA